CCCGGCGGAUGUCUCAUCGAAUUGGCCCAGCAGCUGUUCAUCAUCAUGGUUGGGAAGCAGAUCGUCAGCAACGUCCAGGAAUUCUUCGUUCCCAAGCUGAAGGCUUGGCACCAGAAAAGGAAGCUGGCCAAGGUGCGAGGGGGGCAGAUCUGCCAGGAGUCCAAACGGUGGGAGGAAGACUAUGAACUAAUUGAAUGUGAAGGCCUCUUCGAAGAGUACCUGGAGAUGGUGCUCCAGUUUGGCUUCAUCACCAUUUUUGUGGCUGCUUUCCCGCUGGCCCCUCUCUUCGCCCUGCUCAAUAAUUGGGUCGAAAUCCGUCUGGAUGCUCAGAAAUUUGUCUGCGAGUACCGCCGACCGGUCGCUGAGCGUGCCCAGGACAUCAGUGUUUGGUUCUUCCUCCUUGAGGUCUUGGCCCAAAUCUCCGUCAUUGUCAAUGCCUUUCUCAUCGCCUUCACCUCGGACUUCCUGCCACGGCUCCUCUACCAAUAUGAGUAUGACAGCCACCUCCACGGCUACGUGAACUUCACCCUGGCUUACUCACCACCCGCUUACAUGCACGGCAACCAUACCAUGUGCAGGUACAAAGCCUUCCGCGAUGCUCACGGGAACUACACGCUCUUUUAUUGGAAACUUCUGGCCAUUCGCCUGGGCUUCAUCAUCGCCUUUGAGCAUGUUGUCUUCUUCUGCUUGCGCCUGAUUGAUUGGCUGGUGCCAGACAUCCCCGAAUCCUUGGAAGUCAAGAUCAAGAGGGAGCGUUACUUAGCCAAGCAGGCUCUGGCUGACAACCAGGAAGCAUUGUUGACGACGGUGAGUGACGACUCUUCUCCCACCCCAGAAAAUCUCCCCCCUAAUGGUUGA